GUUCUUCAUUAUUCACCCUUGUGCAAGGGAAUUAGAGAGAGUAUUUACUCAAUACUCUUGUAAGCUCUAAUUAUAAAUCAAUAAAGCAUAUUUUCCACCUCCCAAAUUUUGUCUCAUGUUGCAUUCAAUAUAAUUCUCUUAAUUGUUCCAAAUUUUCCUUCCAUAAUUACUCCAAUACUCACCAAUUGACCUAUCACAUUAUAAUAAGUACUUCAUCCGUCUCUUUUUGUUCUUUACGUUUUGUAUUUUGCUCGCGUUUUAACGAUUAAUUAAUGUGCAUUGAGAUUCCUCUAUUUUUUAUUUAAACAAGGCAAAUUACGUUUAUUUAUAAUGUUUUCACUUUAUUUAUUUCUUAUUAUUUAUUUUAGUUCAUUAAUAUUCAGUUCAGUUAGAUUCAAUACAAUUCAGUUCAUUUUAGUUCACUACAUUUCAAUUCAGUUCAAUUCAAUUUAGCUCAAAAGAACAUAAAAUGACAACUUGCUUUUAGAAAAAUGGACUUAAAGUUCCAAAUAUCAUAUACUUGCCGUAUCGACAAGAGUAAGAACUUGGCUUGACUUGAACAACUAAAUUUUGCUUUAGCACCUUGCACUAUUACUUACUUCCCCAUGCAGCUCAAGGCAACAUAUAUAUUUACAGCGUUUGAAUCAUCGUUACAGAUCACAGGUUUCUUCAACCAUCGGCUACAAAGGUACGAAUUUCUUCAUCGCGUAAGCUAACUAGGUGAACUACUCCUUAUCAAAAAGAAGGGUACUCCGAUCAAUAUAAUGCUAAAAGUGGGUCCAUUUCCGAGCCCCAAUCGGGUAUAUUCAACAAACAACAAAGAAGGCAUGGAGAUAGUAGUUUGGGAUGAAAAGAAGGAAAAAGGCAAGCUUGCUCAAAUGUUUAUAUCUUAUGACUCUCAAUGUAUCAACUCCCUUGCUUUCCAAUACAUUGAAGGCGACCAAUUUACACUUUCUCCUAUAUUUGGUUCUCAAAACCUCGACGCCCCCAAUUUUGAAACGGUGACAUUCAUGGACGGUAGUGAUAACGAAUACUACAUCACAAGAGUGAGUUGGUCCCAUGGUAUCAUCGACAACCAGAAAGCGCGAGGAUUGAAAACAUUGACAAUAGAAACAAAUGAAAAAACCUACGGUCCGUUUGGGUAUCCAUAUUCUGAUACCAAUUUUAAUAUAAGCUUAGGUUUUGGAGAUCAAUUUGGUGGAUUCCAUGGCACCGCUUCUUCUGACAUUAUCAAAUCUAUUGGAGUUGGACGAUGAUAAAGGUCGCAAGUUGCGACAACAUUUAGUUGUCGCAAUCUUACGUGUCGCAGUUUAAUUGGUACAUAUAAGCGCCACGUAGGCUACGCAUCAUCAUAAUAUUUUUACUAUUAAUUUAAUAUUUCUACUACGAAAAUAUGUAAAUAAGGUAGCCGAUAUAAAAAAGGAAAAAAAUUAGAAUAUUAAGAUUUUCCUACCUUUUUUUAUAACAUGUAUAAUAAAAAAUAUAAGUUAAAUAUUUUAAUUUCCAAUUUAAAUCAUGACACAUAAGCAUGCCAAAUCAUCAUUGUGACACGGCUUAAAGGUCGCAUGUUGCGACCUUGGAGUUUAUGUGAAGCCCCUUAAAUUAGAUUUGAGUACCACUUUUAAGAGGACUGAUCUCCCUGUUGAAUGAUAUCAAGUAUUAUUACGUAUCUGCUGGACUUGUUCACAUGUUGUUCUAGCUUGAUCACCAAAUAAUAAUAGCUCCGGAGUACUUCGUUGUGAACU